GGUCCCUCUCGUUAUCCAACAUGGCAGGCGAAGGAAGCAAGAAGUGUACUCAUGUUAUUUUUGACUUGGAUGGCUUAAUGCUUGGUAAGUCUGGCAGCGGAUUCGGUGAACUUCACUCUAUUUUCCUUUUAAGGCAAGUGAAGCUCAGACGACAAGGAGACGGUCGAUUCCGCCAUCUGAAAGAGAAAAGUUUGUGUCCUAUGUAACUUGCUCGUGCUGGACGCGUGACCUUAUUGAGAAUAGAGAAAAAAAGGGCUAUUUUCGCGAUUUCAGAAAUUCGGUUCCAGCGAACAACGUUUACCACAAAAUUAGUGACACGGAAUUUAAUACCCUGAUGGGAAACCUUUUAACUGGUAACUUAAACGUGCGUUUUAGACAAAUACCCACCCCCCCUCCCUCCCCCUGUACAAAACAAUAGAAUUUCUCAAGGUUUUAGGCCUGAAGACCAGAUUUUCGAAUGACCCUAAGGGUAUGCAGCUGGGGGUUAAAACAUAAUUUGUCAAAACCGAUCAUGUUGGUAGUUUCUUUCUGUUGCUCUGUUUAAUAUUGUUAUUUUUACAAGCCACACACUUACAAAAUAUUGUACUUAACAGGGACCGCGGAGCAAGGUGAAAAGUGGGAGGGCUGACAAUUGAAAAUAAUUUUUCAAUAAACGACCAACAUACACGGUCAGUUCAGAUUCAAUGCAAGAAAAGACGCAAUUACAAUUUUAGUAUAGAAAAUACUACACUGAAGUGAUCUGAAAAAUUUCUAACUAUGGCCGUUCAGGCGUUCACUGUUCAAGUAAUGUAAUUCUUCUUGCCAUCGAAUAUUUCAUUGAUUCGAAAGGAGAAAGACAAACUAUGAAACUUUUAUCCACUCAAAACAACUACUCAGCUUCGUUUGGCUUGAAAAAGCUAGUAGUUUUCUUCAUUUCGUCUGAUAAAACUGAUAAAAAAAACUCUGCCCGAGCUGGAAGUACAAAACACGCUGCCGAACGAAACGAAGGGGUGGCCAAGGCAUGGCGUUUGAUCAAGGGGCAAGUCGGCCCCACAGAAACAAUUACCGCGAAAAGCACAGGAGCCCCACAAAAUGCCUGGCGUUUGAAAUUAAAGAAAAUACAGAGAAUAUAGCGGAAUAUAGACGGAAAAAAACUUGUUUCAAGUCUCUUUUUUAUUUUAAUUAUUUUUCUUUUUAGCGCAAAAAGUGGGGGCGGGGGCGCAAAAAAGUGGUGGGGCCGCGGCCCUACCAGCCCCUCCCCCUCCGCGGUCCCUGCUUAAAAAAAUCACAAUAAAUAAAUUAAAAUGAGAUCCUGUGGAUCCUCCUUUUUUAGACCUUGUCCCUAACUUUAAGAAUUCCAUUUCACUCAGGGGCACCCGGCGACUUUUUUCAGUAAAAUAACUGUUCGAAGGAGCAAAUAUUGCCUAGAAAUUUCUAAAGCUUGAGAAGAGCUAAAAUUUCUUGAUAACCAUUCCAUACGUCUAAAAUAUUAGGAGGUUUUCUAAUAGCUUAACUAUACGAUUUUCGGAGGUUCUGUUAUUCACAUUUUAAUACCAAGAUAUUGUGAUUAUUGUUAAUAAAAGGUCUCUUAAAACUUCUGGUAUAAAUACAAAACGGUCCCUCUAAUUUUCUAAUGAAUGCAAGGCUACUUCAUGUCCUCAAACUUUCAAUCAGACCCAUAAGGGUAGUUAACACUUUCGGAUGAGACGAAAAAGCCACCUAAAACUUUUAUGACGACCAAAGUUCCCCUAAGACAUCCGAACAGAUAAAAAGUUUUUAGGGCAACUCCAAAUUAACCAAACGAGCUUAUAAAGCAUAGAGAAAACCAUCUUAGACACUUCUAGUGUAUUUGGAAACAUUUGGUCAUUGGGUGCCCCUGUUCACUGCUGAGCAGUUCAUUAGCCAGUGAAUACAGCCACCUUUCAUCACUCCUCAUCUGUUGUUAAAGAUCCCCAGUGGCUGGAUAUAGUCUGUCAAUGUUAUUAAUAAUAUUUUCUGUUUAUGUAAUUGGGCAAAUCUAAUUUGCAGCCAUACCUAAUGUUUAUAUUAUUUUGCCUUUUUGUAAAAUUUUAGACACUGAAAUUAUCUACACAAGAGUAACUCAGGAAAUGUUAAAUCCUUAUGGCAAGGUGUUUGAUUGGUCCGUUAAAUCCAAGAUGAUGGGGCGUAGCACUCAAGAGGCAGCCCGAGUGUUGUUGGAAGAACUUCAGCUGCCCUUAAGUACAGAUGAACUUAUAAAAAUGAGUCAAGAAAAGCUUUUUGAGCAGUUUCCAUCAGCCACUCUUCUACCCGGUAAGAAUUUUGAGUUAGAUGGGAGGGGAGGGAGUAAUUAGGGUAAGGUGAACUGAAUCAGGGAAAUACACUAACAAUACUGUUAACUGUUGCAUAUAAGCUCCUUCCCCCACACUUAUAAACCCCGUCAGUUACAUAGGUCCAAUUUGCUUUCACUGAGAAAAAAUUGUUACUCUUCUACCCACAUAUAAGCCAUUCCCCUUGCUCCACACAACUUGAACUCCCUUGAAAAGUGCAUUCAAGGGAAGCUAGGGAAUAUUAUCAGCUGUAAGUAAAUUUUCCAUUUAUGAAUUAACUCUUUAAGCUCCAAUAUCCACAUACAAAUUCUCUAUUUUGAUCUUCUUAUAUUUCUUUGAAGAACUAGUUAAGAUAAUUUGUUUUGGGAGAGCAAGGCUGGAGCAGUGGUGAGAGCGCUCGCCUCCCACCAAUGUGGUACGGGUUAGAAUCCUGGUGUCAACAACAUAAAUGUGGGUCGAGUUUGUUGUUGGUUCUCUUCCUUGCUCCAAAAAGGUUUUUCUCUGGGUACUGCAGUCGGUUUUUCUCCGGGUACUGCGAUCUGGAACGCAUGGACACGUUUCAACGAGUUCUCAUGAACUCCUAAGUGCUCCGUGGGUAAACAAAUUGCAAUUUUUUAACAAAGCAUUUUCACUUAAGUGAUCAAUUUAUUAAUUCUUGUAAUAUUUUUUCUUGAUUAUGUAUUGAUAUGGUUAACUGGACCUUUGCAUAUGCUAACGUCCCAUGCUGUAAUUUAAGAGAUGUAGAGCUACAGAGCUUUCGUUUUAUAUUUUAGGUGUAGAAAAGCUCGUCCAUCACUUCCACAAGCACAACAUUCCCAUGGCAGUCGCUACAGGAUCAGGAACACAAGCAUAUGACAGAAAAAUAUCAAACCACAAACACCUCUUCCAACUUAUUUCCCAUGUCGUCAAAUCUGAUGAUCCGGAACUUCAACAGUGUAAACCAGCGCCGGACAUUUUUCUAUUGGCUAGCGCUCGAUUUCCCGCACAACCUACGUCACCAGAUCACGUGCUUGUGUUUGAAGAUGCACCAAACGGUGUGACGGCAGCACGUGCUGCUGGAAUGAACGUUGUCAUGGUACCGGACAAGAACGUGGAUAGGGCAAAAUGUGCGAAUGCUAGUAUGGUGUUAAAGUCUCUUGAAGAGUUUGAUCCUAGUGAAUGGGGAUUUCCACCAUUUUAA